GCACGACUCUCUCCUCCGCAGUGCACUGCUGGACAGCGCUGAGUGCGGAGUACUGGACAGUGCAGGACAGUUAGCGCGCAUCAGCGAGGGCACGCGCUUCCGUCCAGUCCUAAAGUCUCAAGCGCCAGCCGCGCACGAGAGCAGCACCUACAUGGAGCUAAUAUGAACUGUCUGAGGGCUGAUCUUCACUUCACGACUCACACUAACAGAUUUACAGUUUGAGAGGGAAGGGACAUAUCAGACAUGGACACCUUGGUGUGGAUCUGGAUUUGUGGAGCGCUUGGACUGGUGUCCGGCUCUAAGCUUGAGCAGGCCAUAGACGAGGAGUGUGAGUCGGGCAGUUUCACUCGAGGUGGGGAAUGCUGUUUGCAGUGUCCUCCAGGAGAGGGAGUGGUCAAGGAGUGUGGGACCACCCAGACCGAAUGCAGUCAAUGCUUAGACAGUGAGACAUUCUCUGUGACGUUCAGUCACACGGAGAAGUGUCAGACUUGCAGAGAAUGCACGGGUCUCAUGCGCAUGCAGACCCCCUGCACCGACUCGAACGACGCUGUGUGUGUGUGCAACUAUGGCUACUUCAUGAGUGAGCUGACGGGCCAGUGUGAGCCGUGCACUGUGUGUCCGCGUGGUCACGGUGUGCUGAUGCGCUGCGACCACAUUCACGACACGAUCUGUGAGGAGUGUCUGGAUGACACCUACUCUGAUCAGGAUAAUACACUGGACCCCUGCCUGCCCUGCACCAUCUGCGAAGAGGAAAUAGAGAUUCUCAUGAGGAAUUGCACACCCUAUGAAGAUGCAUGGUGUCAUGAUCCGAUGAGUCCUACCUAUCCCACUUUCGCUAGUGAUUCCAGUACGUCUGUCACUGAUCCAAAUGGUUUGUGGAGCCCCAACCCCGGAGGGGAUGCCACAACACCCAAACCUAGCUCCCCUCACUUCAUUGGCAGAGGGCUAAAUGAGAACCUGAUUCCCAUCUACUGCCCCAUCCUUGCAGCGGUUGUAGUCGGCCUUCUGGCUUACAUCAUCUUUAAGAGGUGGAACAGCUGCAAGCAGAAUAAACAGGCAGCUAAUAAUCGCGCAGCCACAGCUAAUCAGACACCAUCUCCAGAGGGAGAGAAGCUACACAGUGACAGUGGCAUCUCGGUGGACAGCCAGAGUCUGCAGGAGCAGCAAGCGCAGACACAGACACAGGCGCAGGCCCACACACAGCUGCAUGCAGCAGAGCAGAUCGUGGUGAGAGUGGAUGGAGGGGCUCAGCCUGACUCCCCUCCACCUCAGGCCUAACCAGUGAGGAAGAGAAUGCUACGUUAUCAACAGUAAAGAGAGAAUGAGAGGCUGGAGUGAAGGAAACAAGAAGGCAGAAGGAGAAGAAUGGAGGAGUGAAUCCAUGAUGACCAUCCAGUAAGGGACACAGAGACAAGAACUCCGAUCCUUUUGAAUCCAGCAUGGACGAUUCAUUGAUGAGCUGGGUUCAACAGCAACAGUGGUUCCACCUCAGCGAUAAAAAUCACUGACUCAAAAUUGCUACUUCUAAAUAAACAUAAGCCUAUUACCCUGAAGAAAGUUCACCAUAGUGUAUACUGAAAUCCACCACAAACUCUGAUGGAUGUUUAACAUAUACUGGGUUUCUCAGAUGUAUUAAUACAGCCUUGUGACACAAAGUCUGGAUGUCCCGGGCUUCACAAGAGGACGUAAAGAGACACUAUCACAGUCUUCGUGGAUAUCGUGCAAUUAAGCAGUCGCACCAUGGUUCCUUGAUCUGGAGCCUUCUGCCUGAUCUAAUAAGGAUUUCGUUUUUGCCUUAUCUUUGAAGUAUUAAUAGAUUUUGUCUAUAAAAUCAAGGCCUUUUAUUUAAUCAGAAUUGUACACAUUUUCAUUCAGCCGUUUCCAGGUAUGUGUUAAAAUUUUGUUGGGGUUGUAAUGCAUAACUACCCGUCGCCAUUUAGUUUCAAAGUAGCUGAUCUCAGGUCAGCGUUUAUUGGCAACAACUCACGACUGUGACAUUUGCUGACCUUUAAUAAUGUAAUGACUUGGAUCUAUAUUUAGCUUGCCUUCCUUUUUCUCUCCUUCACAACUUUUUCUCUAUAAAACCCAUUCAUGGCAUAUCAUAUUCCCUGCCUUCUUCUAGUUACUGCAGUGUAGGUUUCAUUGCCUAGAUCUUCUUGCCUUACCUCUUCAGAAAUUUGAGUCACAAAGCAAACAGAAACCAGAACUGAAAGAGCUACAGAACUAUUUUCAUGCCAUCACGCACUCCUAGCUGUAAACACCAUGUUUAUGUCCUGCCAUUAAUCAUUCAUAUCAUUUUUCAGGUUUGAUAGAGAUUUGGAGGGAAUUCAUCUUAGCAGCACAGGUUUGAUAAUGAUUCCAGUAAUGAUUCCUGUAGUACUUUUGAGGAAACUUUAUCAACCUCCUUAAUAAUUUAAGUUUGUUCAUUGACAAUUCAUUUACAAUCCUCAUAUGUGCAGCCAAUACUAGGAUUUCCCAACAGCAUAUUUUCAAGCAUGUUUUCUUUCUUAGAUGGCUUUUACACUGGGCUUUUACCCGAGCGCGAUUGUUCCCGGCGCCCAGGGUCGAACCCAGGUCCGUUUGCAGUCACCUUACGUCAUUGCAAACGCACACGGAAAAGGCAUGGAGAACACAACGCGACUGAGCAUAGUUGUAAUUUGUUUGUGAGUUUUAUCUUACUCCUGUAUGCUCUCUUCUCUCCAAAUUUGAGUGAGGCACCUCACCUCUUCAGUGUCCCACAACGUUCCCCUGCCACUCAUGGUUCUCGUGUGUUGAGGAAACAAUGAUAUCGACAGUGUUAAGCAUGCACGGGAUACUUUACUUCCUAAACAAGUGCGCACCUGAGUCCGUGUUGCUUGCACAUUCAUGCGAACCGCGCCACAGUUCGGGAGCAACCAAACUCAGACCACCUUCUCCAGGUAGUCUCGGGUUCGGUACCCCAGUGCGCACCAGGGUCCGAUGACAGCGUUCACAUUAGCGAUUUUUCAUGAGAACCGUGCCCCGUUCCGCACUUAACUGCCAGUGUGAAAGCCCCCUUAGACUCUACAAUCAUUGACUCUUACUGUAGCUCUUGAUGAGUCAUCUGUCUAGGUUUUCAUCAGCUUUUGUCACCUCAUUUGUUCUUUCUUACUCUCCAUCUUGGCUACAUUCCAUGAAUGCUGAUGCAGAUUCAGAUGCUAUAAUGUGGUAUGAAUUACUCAGCCAUCUCAGUAAUGUGCUGGAAGCUGUCAUGGUCACUGCGAAAAAAGUGUUAGGAUGCAUCACUGACCUGGAGUAAGCGGCAAUAAGAAGUACUUUAACAUUAUUUUUUAAGCGUUAAAGUCAAUGGGAAUGGUCUAACCAAACAAACAAUUUAACACUCAACAAAAUAAAUAUAAUGGCGAAAAAUAGUCCUUUGCUUCCUGUUUUCUAUCCGUCCAAUGGAUAUUGCACUUGUAAAUAGAUGUUAGGGACCUAACAUGGAUAUUUCAUAUCUUAUCCACACACAGUAUCUAAUGUCUUUUGUUGCAUUUCUAACGCGCUCACUGUCAGGCUCUGGAAUAAACAUGCGUGAGACAUUCCUGUCAGGCAGGUAGUAAUUACCCCUGAAGCCUUCUGUUUCUCUUCCCCACAGUCAGUUCACUCUCCUGGGGCUCUGCUCUGCUCUGCUUCCCUUCCCUCGAGCUCUGCCUCUUCAUUCUGGGAAACACCAUCCAACUUUUUUUGCUCUCAGCUCCACUUAUAUUCCUACACUCAAAAAUAAAAAGUUGUUUUCAUAACGAUGUAAUAGAAUAACUAUUUCGGGUUCCUCGAACCUUUUAGCCAUCAGCUGUUUUCUCCUCUAGUGUUAAGAACAUUUGAAUUACCUAAAGAACCUUUUUUCACUAUAAAGGGUCUUUUGUGCAAUGGAAUGGCUCCAUGGAUGUUACAGUUUCUUAAUAUAACCAUAAAGAACCUUUCUUUUUAAGAGUAUACAUCAAUGAUUAUUCUACAGGAAAUCACAUUUUGAUAGAACAAGACCAUGCAUUUUCACCCCCAAAAUCCAUCUUAAGCAGUUAGCUGUAUUUUGCAAUAUUUCAGAUGAUUUAAGCUGGUCUUUAGCUGGCUGACCUGCCACCUUUGUUCACAAGCCAACUUGACCACCUUAUACUGGUAUGUAAAAAAAGAAAGAAAGAGAAAAAACACUACCAGUUUAAGCAGGAUUUUUCAGCAAGGCUAUUAUUCCUGUACUCAAUGCAAGUUACUGACUGGUUUAAACUAUUAUACUCUAAUUCAGUUCCUACUUGCAGUCAUGCAUUACCUUAAAGUUUGAUUUAUGAGUCGGAUGGAACAUCUCUGCCUCCUGUUUUUUGGCAGGCAGGUUUUCAGCUCUAUCAGCUUUUAAACAGCUUCAGUUGCGGGUAUCUCCCCUGGUGCUGUGCUUUCCAUUAAUCAGCAAAGCAUAUCAUUGGCUUCUAGAGUUGCUCGCAUGCUAGUGUUUAAUGCACAUGAUGGGUUGAACGUUCACUCGUGGGACACUUCGCUGAUGUUUGUUCUGAUAUUAGCCUACUUGAGAGAACCUGAUGAGAUCAAGAUAAGAUCAGUCUGUCUGCGGGAAUACAAGAGAAGUCUGAGUGACUGAUGCUUCUCAGAGGGGGUCAUGUGAAUAUAUAGAAAAUAUGGCUAUAUUUUCAUAGUAUGCUAAACUGAUUGGUUGUUGUGUUCUGAGAAUGUAAGUAUGAGAGAGAGCCAUUUACCAUGUGUUUCACAUAUAACCCAGACGACUUGUGCUUGGCAUCUAAAAGGCAUCUAUGCAUCAGUAAGCAUUAAUCAGUAAGCAUCUAAAACAACUGAAGGCAACUGGUAGAUGGAGUCUUGAAUCAGUUCCCUGGAAUGUGCCAAAGUUGCCAUAAAUAAAACAGCCAGAAGUGUAUCUGAUGAAAACAAAACUUGUUUGCAAUAUAUUCACAUGCUAAAAAACUCCAUACUUGUCUCUCCAUCUUUCUUCACUUCUACUUCAGUACAGUAAUUCUUUAUUUUUUAUAAACAUUUUUUUUUUUUUUACAUUUCAAAUAGAUGUAUUCUCUGAGAGCAGUAUUUUAUAGAGACAGUUGACUGUCGUAGCACUUAAAACCGAUUGAAUUUGAACCAGAAAGUGCCUGUGGAUUUGUCAGGUGUCUUUGAGCAGUGUUCAACAAGUUUGAUUUCAUGUGUUUAUGCAUCUAUUUUGCCUGUGUGUUCUGUGUUAAUUAUAUGUGAUAGUUUUUUGCCUUUUUAUUUUUUAUCUUGUUAAUCUUUAGUUAUAAGAAAAUGUUGAUGAGGAUUUCAAAACAAUAUGUCAUUAUCCAGGUAAAAUACAUUCAGGUGAAUUUCAUCUAUUAUUCUGUUUCUGAGAAAUGCCUACACAAACAGUAUUUGUAUGUUAUUCAGUUAAAAAAUCUAAACAUCGAAACAAAACUAAGACAUUUUCAGAGAAUUUAUGUUGAAUUAAGUUCCUUUACCCCAUAACUCCAACCACAAAAUAGUUAAUUUAUGGUUAAAAUGGUUUAACAGUUGGGUAAGAAAAAUGUAAUUAUAUAUUCUCUCAAAAUGAUUAUUGCAAUUUUAUACAAAUUUGUCUCUCAAGUAAUUGUAUUUUACACUAUGAUUUUUUUGGGGGUGGGGGGUUGGACAAAACAAAAAAAACUGCUUAAGAAUAAAGAAAAUUAAUUAUCCCCUCUUUUUUUUUUUGCAGUGUAAAAAGACAAAUACUGUAUGUGUUACAUCCAUCCCAUUGAAUAGGUGAUGCACCCUCCUCCCCGAAGAACUGAAAGUAUCAUAGAAAUGUCAAUGUCUGUUAAUUCACAUCAGACCACUUUAUGCACUCACCUCACAAACCUUGAACUCUUCACCCAUAAGCCUAUAAAUUGGCAACAUGUAUUAAAUGUUGUGUUUUGCAGAUAUGUUGAUGUAAAGAGGGAUUGUACAUUACCUAUUAUUUCAAAUAGAGACUAUAUAACAUUUAAGAGACUCGACUUAGGAAGAACCUCCACAUGAUGCUUAAGAAAAUCAAUUCCCCUGUUCAACCUAUCCCUCCAUCAGAGCUGAAUGUUCUCUGUACGUAAUCCAUGCUGUACAUUACAUUGUGUAAAUUGUUUCCUGAAGGUCUUAUGACAUUACACUUAUGUAAACAAGAAAUGAAAGCAUUAGAAUUAUAUGAAAUAAAAACCAAAUACGACUGCUAUGACACAGUCUGUUUCCAUCAUUAGCUGUGAUAAAAAAAUAAAAAAAAAUGCUUCA